AUGAAGUACCCAAGAGUACAAGUACCGGGUAUGUACCGGGGUAGGGUCGAAUCCUUAGCAGUGGACGAAAGGGUGUUUACCAAACUGUGGGCAGCAAAAGCUCCUUCCAAUGCGCUGGCUCUUUCAUGGAAGAUUUUGAAUAACAGGAUUCCAACCAAGGUGGAACUAGCAAGGCGUAACGCUUUACCAGGAGGAUUGAAUACAGCCUGUGUCUUGUGUGCUGACAGUGAGGAAUCUAUUGCUCAUUUAUUUCUGUCUUGCAAUAUAUCUUGGAGGAUUUGGAUGCAAGUAUAUAAGUGGCUGGGCAUGUCAAUGGUUCUCACUAAUUCUGUAAGUCAACACUUUCUACAUCAUGUGAUUCCGGGUAUUAAUGGUAGAGGAAGUAAGGCUGCCUCACUUAUUUGGGUAGCCACUGUUGGUGUCAUUUGGAAUUUAAGAAAUGGAGUGGUUUUUAGAGGGGUUUCAGUAGACACCGCAAGAAUCCUAGAUAGUAUUCAAUUCAGAACCUGGCUGUGGCUCAAGGCGAACAAUUCAUCAUUUGGGGUGUCAGUUUAUGAGUGGAUUGAAAACCCAAGAGUCAUGUUUAUUGCAAGGAGGGAUGUUACUGGAAUUGUUAAUUUACUCUUCGUGGGGGCAGCUAGCUUGGUGAUCCCUCUGAGUGGCAUACGAAGAUUAUUCAUACAGAGGGGCUUGCUUGAUUGCUUUUGUAUUUGGCAAGUUUAUUUAGAGUGGGGGUUUUUGAUUAUCACUGGUUUAUGGUUUUCCCAAGAGAGUUUUUCCUAG